AAAAAAAAAAAAAAAAAAAAAAAAACAGGGAGAGUUUAUGAGUGAGCCAAAUUAUAUAUAUCGCAAGAAACUUCAGGACAGUACAUAACAGCAACUGCAGACACAAUUCAGGCCUUUUUUUUUGUUGCCUGCUGCGUAUAGCAUACAGAGAAAGCGCAAGAUAGCAGGGAUACUCUGAGCUUGGCUAGAAUAAGCCUGCGGUGUGGCAAUGAUGAAGUCUAGGGGCAAAAAGCAGGCGCAGGAUAAGCACGCUGCCAUGGCGGUUUAACGAAGCUCUGAUUAAGAAUUAAUAAAAAAAAAGUGGAGGUAGGAACACGAAGAAGAAAUUAGUGGCGACCGGUUUCCGACAAAAACUAUUGCCUGCAGCUGGAAGUGGAGCUUUCUGCGGUAGUGGUGUUGUAAGAAAGUGAGGCCUACAACGUUGUCGAAGUUGGUUCUUGUCUCGCACUCACACGAUGCUUUUCUGGUGAUCGAUUGAUUCCUCCAUUGUUAAGCAAAAAUAAAAAAUGAAGUUCAUGAAACUUGGCUCUCGCCCUGACACUUUCUACACAUCUGAGGCUGUAAGAUCCGUUUCGUCGGAAGUGGCGAGUGAUCUCAUCGUUCAAGUGAAGGGAAUCAGAUACCUCCUUCAUAAGUUUCCAUUGCUGUCGAAAUCCCUGCAUUUGCAGAGAUUAUGUUCGGAGAUCCCGGACCAAGAACCCACCCACCACAUCCAAAUUAUCCAGCUCCCGGACUUCCCCGGCGGCGCCGACGCCUUCGAGCUCUGCGCUAAAUUCUGCUACGGAAUUACUGUCACUCUCAGUGCCAGAAAUUUGGUCGCAAUCAGAUGCGCCGCCGAGUACCUCCAGAUGACGGAGGACGCCGACAAAGGCAACCUUAUCCACAAGGUCGAAGCUUUCUUCAAUUCCUGCAUCCUCAGAGGUUGGAAAGAUUCGACCGUUACGUUGCAGAGCACCAAAGCCUUCGCGCCAUGGUGUGAGGAUCUUACCAUAACCAGUAGAUGCAUCGAAUCCAUCGCUUCAAAAGUCCUCUUAAAUCCGUCGAAAAUAAGCUUAUCUUACAGCUAUUCGCGACGCGGAGGAUGUCGGGAUAAGCACAAGGAUAAGGACUGGUGGGCCGACGACUUGGCCGAAUUACCGAUCGAUCUUUACUGGCGAACAAUGGCUGCCAUCAAGUCCGGCGGGAAAGUCCCUGCCGCCCUCGUCGGCGACGCAUUGCGAAUUUACGCGUCGCGGUGGCUGCACCCGGAUGCGUCGACGAAAAAAAUCGACGAUUCUCGACUACUCGAUAUGACUGCGAAGCAUAGACUGCUUCUCGAAUCGAUCGUCAGCCUACUCCCCGUCGAAAAAGGCGCGGCGUCGUGCAGUUUCCUAUCGAAAUUAUUGAAGGCUGCAAACAUACUUAACGCGUCAUCGUCGUCGAAAAUUGAAUUGGCGCGACGGGUCGCGCUUCAAUUGGACGACGCCACCGUAGGCGAUUUGUUAAUACCCUCGCCGGAAAUCGACGAUAUGUUAUACGAUGUCGACGUAGUUAUUAUGAUACUUGAGCUGUUCAUGACGCAAGGGCAAAGCCCGCCGGCCAGCCCUACGAAACUCCGGGGGGAAUUCGAGCGUCGAAGGUCGCGAUCCGCGGAGAAUAUCGAUUCGAUGUUUCACGAGAGUCGGAGAUCAUCGUCGUCGGCGUCGCACGGCUCGAAGCUAAAGGUUGCAAAAAUCGUCGACGGGUAUCUACAAAAGAUCGCCGCCGACAAGAAUUUGCCUCUGUCGAAAUUCGUCGCUGUCGCCGAAAGUGUUCCCGAGUUCGCGAGGCUCGACCAUGACGAUCUCUACAAAGCCGUCGACGUUUACCUCAAGGACCAUCCCGAGCUCGGAAAAGCCGAAAGAAAGCGCGUUUGUCGAAUGCUCGACUGCAGGAAAUUAUCGGUCGAGGCGUGCAUGCACGCCGCGCAGAACGAGAUGCUCCCGUUGCGCGUCGUUGUGCAAGUCCUGUUCUUCGAGCAGGCGCGGGCUGCGACGGCAGGAGGACAAACAACGGAGCUGCCGGGCAACAUCAAGGCGCUAUUAGCGGCACGAAAGAAUCCAACGAAUGCGACUGCGCCGCAAGAAGAUCGGUGGAGCGUUUCGGGGAUAAGAUCGCCGAAAUCGAACCUGUCGACUCUCAAAUCGAAGCUCGACGAGGCUGACGAUCUGGGCGACAACUUCCUGGAUGGAAUCGAAAAGCCGUCGAAGCUCAAGGCGUUCUGCGCGACGCCAAAUAGAUCGAAAAGAAUGCUGAGCAAGCUGUGGCCGAUCAGCAGAAGUUCAAGCGAGAAGAAUUGAGGGAAUUCUGUGUUAUAGGAUUCGUCGAAUGUUGUUGUUUAAUCUUUUCGAUCGUAAAUUCUUAUUCAUUGUCGGGAUAGUCUAAGCUAUCGAAUAAACGACGACGACAGCGGCGGCGACGGCGACGGGAACGGUAAGUUAUGUUAGGGAAGUAUGACAUUGUAAGCUUAAAUUGUUGGCAAUAUGUUGUUUUUCAUGUGUUAAGAAUUCAAUCCUAAGUGAUGGGAAAGAGAUCGAUCUACAAGAAAACCUCAUAAAGGCGAGUCUUUUAGAUCUACAAGCCAUAAAGUGGUCUCGAAGAAGACUUACAACACACGUACACAACAAGGUAAAGAAAUUUUGAUUACCAAUUUGGUUUUUCUAUU